UGUGUUGCAAAUCUUUCCUGGCUCCUCCUUCUCCAUGUUUUAGACCAAUUUAUUUCCUGACCUGAAUACUGGUCUGUUCAGUCUAAAGAUUCACUACAGCUGUGUGUUAAUCUCUUUAACUAUGGCUUUAGUGGAAACACUUCUCCUGAAUGUCUCCAGCACAGGAGCUUUACUCGCUGCUCUUCUGCUGCUUUUGGUUAUUUAUUUCUGCUUCAGGUCUCCAGAAGAUGACCAAGAACCUCCAGGACCCAAACCACUGCCACUCGUGGGAAACCUGCACCUUCUGGACCUUAAACAACUUCAUGUGAGCCUCUGGAAUUUAUCAAAGAAAUAUGGGUCAGUGUUCAAAAUUCAUCUUGGACCCAAAAAGAUUGUGGUUUUGGCCGGAUACAAGACAGUUAAACAAGCACUGGUGAACCAGGCUGACGAAUUCGGGGAAAGAGACAUAACACCCAUAUUCCAAGACAUCCGUAAAGGACACGGAAAUCCUUUUGAUACAACCCAGCCAGUAAAUUAUGCAGUUUCUAACAUCAUCUCAGCUAUUGUUUAUGGAAAUCGGUUUGAAUAUGAGGAUCCAAAGUUUAACGAAAUGGUUGACAGGGCAAACCAGUUCAUCCUUAUGACCGGCUCUGCUGCAAUACAGGAUCUCCUGAAUGGACCCUUUACAGUGGUUCUAACGUGGGUGAAUGUGAUUUCACCAAGUAGGAUGUGA